AUGGGCCGUACGAAAGGCAAGGAAAGCUUCAAAAGCCGACUUCUGCAUGAAGUCGCCUCUCGUGCUAAAAUCGGCGAAAAGGUUACCCGUAAAGUAACCAAGUCGAUUGCCUCGGUCAUGGUUCCAAAACAAUCAGCCGAGCCAGAAGGUCAAAAAAGUCCAAUCCCGAAAGCGAUGGCACCGCGUUCGCUUCUGGACGUCGCUGCUAGCGAGAUCGUCCAGCGUGCUAUCCCUUCUUUCAUCCCCCACUCCCCAAAAAACGGUCGGGUCAAGAAGAGAAAGCGCGCUGUUAGUUCAGACGAGGAAGCAGCCGAAGAGAACGAGCAACCGGCGAAGCGUUCUAAAGGUCUUUUUGAAAAGGCCAAGCAGUGCGCCAAAGAUGCCAAGCGUCGAACUAUCAACUCCAUCAAGGAGACUGUGAACGCUGCACCGGCACUUCAAGCUUCGUUGUUGAUGGGAACUUAUACAGCGAGUCUCUGCGUGACACCAACAGGCAAGACCCCAAAGUUCCUCGACUCUUCGGUGGUUGAUUCUGAUCGCCCAAUCGUCGUACCUGAGAAAGGGAUUUUCAUCCCUUAUUCCUGCUUCAAAGGGGUUUUGCCAGCGUUAGAGGCUCCUCCAGAAAUGCUCGCGAUUGAGGAAUCUCAGAUGCCAGUUCCACCGCGACCGAUUUCUUAUCUCCGCAAUAACGAGGCUCAGCAAAGUCAGCUCGCGCAUCCCGUUGUUGCUCAAGAUCGUGGCAUCGAUUUCGCUCAAGGAAUGAUGACUCCGGGCAAGCCAUCUCAGGCGCCAUUUGUUCCUUUCAACAGUGGAACUUCGCCCUCCGCGUUCGAGCCCCGCGUUGACGACCUCACCUCUGAGAAGCGAGUUAACAUCACCGUCGUUUCCAACUCUCCUCCUCUUGGCGAGACAGAGAACUCGUUGGCAGCGCGCGAACCUUCGCCUCCAUUCGCCGCGGAGAUUACUUCCCCUAAAACUGUCAAGAAGAAGAAUCUCUUGUUGGCCUCUCGACGAUUGGUGUUUGACUCGCCAUCUCCCUCCCCUCGAGAAGAUCCUGACCUGAAUGUCACUCUCCGUCCUCAGGUCGACCUUGAUGCAACUCUCUGCCCUCAGCCUAACUCGCUGACCUUUGCAAUGCCCGCGUCUGGAACUAAACUUGUUCCUGUCGACGAUGGUCUUGUUGCUGGUCCACCUGAUGCGGUCACACCUGCGACUCACCGCGUUGUCAAUGCUCAACUUCUUCGUGAGCGACGACGAUCUUCUCCACUCGUCGUUCCUGCCUGGCAGAACUGCAUUGACGAGUUGUCCAAGCGAGGACCUCAUUCUGCGGACAAUUGA